CAAGGCCAGAGGAUUUGUUGUGGUAUUGACAUCCAGCUGUAGAUGGUAUAAACAACAUCUCGACUCAACUGCAAAAGAAAAGAACAGAAGUAUUGAUGUAAGAGGCACUAAGGUCGAUGUUCUAAAAGUCUUUAUUACGUUUCUUUACCAUGCCAAGUCAAGGACCACCAUUCUUUUACCCGGACUAUUAUCAGAGAAGGCCAUUCAUGGAUAAUCGAUUUCCUCACCAUCCCCAGGGACCAGCCCUUCCACCCAAUCUACAUAUCAUGGCUCCACCUUUUGAGCACCAGUUUCAGCUCAGACCACCUAUUUGGGGACCAGCAGGUCACAAUUAUCAGAAUAAUGCAGGCCCGUAUAAUUACCAGUGGCACCAUAACAAUCACCACAGGAAUCUCCAACCAGUCCAAGGAAAUUCCCACAACAAUAACAGGCCCCAGUGUAAUGAAGGAGAAGAAGAGAAAACCUGCUUUAUAUGCCAGGAUGUUUUACAGAACUCUGGUGAACGAGGUGUUCACCUAUGUGAUGGGGGGUUGACAAAAGAGAAGAAAAUUGAGGAGACCUCUAAGUCAGAUAUGACUGUUGAAAUCCAGGAUAUGGAUGCACGGCUUGAGAAGCUGCUGAAUGAGCUGAAAGACUGCCUUCGAAACAAAUAUGAAAGUGUCACAGAAACCCUAGAAAAUUAUGUCACGUCUCGUGUCACAGAAAUAGGGGUCAUCCACAAAGACGUGUUAGAGGAGAAAUCCCACCUAGAAACUCUCCAGACUGAGCUGCAGACCAGGACACUUGCACUGGAGGAGAGGGAGAAAGUCUUGAGGGAUAAAGAAGGUCAACUCCACAAAGACCGAGAGAAAUUUGAAAAGGAACUUCACAUAGAAAAAGAGGAAAUUUGUCGUCAGUGGCAGCAGCUUAGAGAUGAAAUCGCCAGACUUGAAAAACUGCAUGAAGUGCAAAAGGGGAGGAUCAAACUUGAUAUUGGAGGUGUGAUUUUUACUACAUCUAGACUGACCCUUACAAGGGAUUCCGAGUCCAUGUUGGCAGCCAUGUUCAGUGGUCGUCAUGAGGUCCGAGUGGAGGAUGAUGGUACCAUAUUUAUUGACCGUGAUGGCACUCAUUUCCGCUAUAUCCUGAAUUACCUCAGAGAUGGUGGAAUAAAACUUGACGCCUUGCCACGAAACCGUCAGGUGCUCCGGGAGCUUAGAAAUGAGGCAGUGUUCUAUCAGCUUCACGGACUUGUACAACAGAUCGAGAAGCUCAUUUGAUGUUUCACAUAUUUGUUUCUAAUGGUGUUGAUGGCAAAUACUAUUGCUAAAUAUUAAAGGAAUAAUUUUGUUCAGAGCUAGAGAUUAGAGUGCAACCUGGCACACUGGAUCUACUACAGUACUGCUCUAAAAUCAUACACUGUAGAUUCCUAAAUGUAUGUGAGAAAAUUAUUAUCACGCAAUUUUGUGAGAAGCAUCACUUGCAAAAUAAAGUUUUAUUUUUAUAUUGCUAAAAUACAUGUAAAAGGACUAAAAAUUUGAAACCAACCUGUGAUUUGACAUGUACAAGUCAUUUUGCGAUAUUUAAAGUGCUCACGAAAAGUAAGGAAUCUACAGUAACCCAUGUAAUUUUAUGUAAGUCUAAAACUUGAUGUUGAAUUUCUAAACAUUAGUGAUUCUGUUUUAAAACGCCUAUUUUUAAUCAUUUGCCUCUUUAAGCUUAUGAGAUGUACAAUUAGACUGCAAUAUUUUGUCUAUACCAUUCUGAGAGAGAAUUAUAUACUGCAGGAAGAGAAAAUCCACUGUUAACAGAAAGUGGAAGUGUGUGAUGGGAGUAGAUGUGUUUGUUUAUUAGUUUGGUAUGAGAGUACUGACAAACAUGUAUGCCCAUGUACCUCUAUCUGACCAAUCAACGGUACAUACCUGUAGAAAUUUAGUAGAUUUAUUUCAAUUGUCACUAACCAUAUACUCGUUUCCCCAAACUCAUCUACAGCACUUUGUGUACGAUAAUAAAACCAUGUGUGUGUUUUACCAUCUUUUACAUGUAGACAAAUAGUGCUUGCACAUUUCUUGAGAAUAUUUACAUUUUUUGUUGUAGGGAUUUUUGUAUGUGUAUAAUUUUAAAAUUGUCAUGAAUUUCAUUAUUUUCAGCAUGUAAUAUUGGUAUGAGUGAUUGCAUGUGCAUAUAAACAAAUUUCUAAGAAGUGAACAAUCUUUAUAUGUUAAUUUCAAAAUAAAGAGACCGGUAAUUAU